CAGUGGUUCGCUUGCGCUUGCAGAACCAGAGCUCAAAUUUUCUUCUUUAUUUGUAAAACAGGUGAGAGAGAGAGAGAGAGAGAGAGAGAGAGAGAGAGAGUAUGGCAAGCGCUCUCUUGUCCACCAGUCUCUUCCUCCCGUCAAGAAGUAAGCAAAUCAAAGCUCGUUCAUUUACAGUUUUUGAAGAUAGAGGAGACACUGGUGGGUUCCGCGUUAGGAGCUCCAGGAGCUCAUUUCAUGGCGAGUUGCUUUCCAAAGCCAAUCUUGUGAGGAGGGAAAUCAGCAGCAGCGCGAGAGGACGCCUUGAGAUUGCCUCCGUGGUCACCCAGAGAGAGACUGUAGUUCCUGACCCUGAUUAUAGAAUACCGAUUGUCUUACUCGGUAUGGCUGGUGGAUUAGCCUAUACAAAUAAUCUGUUACCUGCUGCCCCUGUUGGUCUACUUGGUCUGCUCUUAUUAUUUCAGACUACUAGAGUGAGAUUUGUCUUUGAUAAUGAGGCUCUGGAGGUGAAAGUUGGAGAGGAGCUUCAAGAAUCAGGUGAAAAUGUCUUUGUAGGGGGGGAAAAUCGGUGGAAAUACUCCACCUUUGUGAAUUGGGAGCUCUGGUGGCCAAAUUUUCCUAUCCUUGUGUACUUCAAAGAGACACAAACAAAACCCGAGGGACAAGUGCAUUUCUUUCCAGUAAUUUUUAAUGGGAAGCAACUAUAUGAUGUCAUGGUGGAGAGAGCUGGUCCUUCGAAAACAAGUGGGCCAAAAUAAUGCUAAUAGAGUUUAUGCCAAAAUCAAGCCAUGCCAUAUCAUGUGGGACUUUAAAUUGACGAGGAAAUGUUUCAGAGUGCUCGGUUAACCAAAGAUUCACUAUGAGAAUUACGUGCAAGACAGUUUUCUCGUGUGCAUAUGUACCUAUGAAUGUUUUCUUCUAGAAUGGUAGUAGCUAGUUCGAGUUGCAUUGGUUAUGUACCUUUAUACAUCACAAAAGAGAAAGGAAUCCGUAUAUUUAUAGCGCUCCUCUGAUUGUUUACAUGGAUCCUGUCCUCUCGUUUCUCGUAUCCA